ACACAGAAAUUUACCUUACACACAACGCACUAAAAUGCAGUAUACAAGUCGUAUACACGAUACCGCAUUCUCACCAUACACCUGCUACAGAGCAUGCGUGAUUACCAAUUGCGGCCCCGAAGAUAGCAUGAGGGUUUUCAUACCAUAUAAACCUGCCAGCAUGCACCCAUGCAUUUACCCCGACCAGAUCAGACGACAGCGUUCGUGUGUAAUGGUUAUUGCGCAGUAUACUGCAUGUAGUACUAUGUGAUGGACAUAAGCCUCUGUUAGGCAUUUCUGGCCUGAGCAGUUAUGGGUCCUGUAUUUUGCAAUUCAAAAUAGAUCUAUAACGUACUUGGUUUGCGAGUAUCUUUCUAUUGAUUGCUACAAUUUUAUGAGGGGUCAUUGCUUAUUUGAACGACUUUCAGCGAAAGUGGGCGUGUACCAAGGGAACUGAGGGAGGACUGUCGUUACCAUCGGAAAUUGGUUUGUUUACACAGAGAUUAGAACAACCCUGCUGCUCUUAUCUUCUGUACCCCUACUGGUUAAUGGUGGAGUUUGGAGAGCAAAAAUUGGUAUCAUGGAGCAGAUGUUGAUAAGUUUAUCAGGUCAUAUACGACUCUGGACUUACCUCUCUAUGACUGGCUGGCUAACUCUAAACAUUUGCCUGACGAACAUUAAUAAAUGGCUUUUCAUGAGUUAUGGCUACCCGUAUCCACUACUUGUCACCGCCCUUCACAUGCUCUUCACGGCCGUCUUUGGAUUUGUCAUCAUCCGCUUCACUCCUUUCGGGGCUGCCUAUGGGGAAGGCAACGCCCGUUUGAAAGUCGCUCCACAUCUCACACCAAAAAUCUUCAUUCUGAGUGUGGUAUCAACUGUCAGUAUUGCUUGUGGAAACAUCGCCUUAAAACAUUUAUAUGUGUCGUUUGUGAAGAUGAUUAUGGCGAUGACACCUCUAGCUACUGUUGUCAUAUCUAAAGUAUUAUUUGGAAGAGAGUUUGAUCAGUUUAUAUAUUUGUCCAUGCUACCUCUGUGCGUUGGAUCUUUCCUGUGUACCAUUGGUGAGAUGAAUUUUAGUGUCUUUGGAUUCAUAGCUGCUUUCACUGCUACUUUAUUACGGGCCGGUAGAUGUGCACUUCAAGGUGUGUUACUGAAGGAUGAGCGAAUCGACUCGGUUCGUCUCCUCUACCUUAUCUGCAUUCCAAGUUUCUUCCAACUGGGCGUGGCUUCUCUCGUCUUCGAAGGAGGUGCACUAUGGGAUCCCAGGCUGAGUACGAGUAUUGAACUGUGGACUCUCAUUUUCCUGAGCUGUAUAUGUGCUGUAGGAUAUAACAUCAUGACCUUCCUUGUCACCUAUUAUACAUCACCGGUCACACUACAGGUAUUGGGAAACAUCAGUAUUGUGUUGACAGUAGGUCUGUCCCUACUCAUAUUCCAGAAUGAGAUCUCUAUCCUCAGUGUCGUUGGUAUUGCUUGCAUUGUUCUUGGAAGUAUUAUGUACCAGGAGGCAGAUGUGGCAAGACAGUUCUUCCAUCGCAUCAUGUAACAAUGGCUGUUAUCAUUUAGUUAGUUAAUCAGUGAAACCUGUAUAUAAGGACCACUCAAGGAAGAUAAGUGGUUGUCAGGAACAGGUGAUCUUUAUGGACUAGUACCUGUAAUGCAUGCUUCAGUGGAGGAUAUACUAUUCUAGGAUAUCAAAUUUUUUUUUAUUUGUCUUUUUAGACAAGUGGUCCUUAUUAGAUUUACAUGUAUACAGGUGGUCGUUGGUGCAGGUUUGACUGCCAUUACCUCCCACUUACCUGCUUAAAGGGAUGCUUAAACCUGAAAUUAACAUUAAUUGAACAAGCAGACAAAAACAAAUAAAUCAAAUUAUGAGAAUAAAUACAUUGUAGCAGAUCAAAGUUUUGCAAAUAUUCAUGUGAAGUUUCAUGCAUGACACCGUGAAUAUGCAAUGAAUAAGCUCAUGAAAAAAUCUCUUCAUUUUUAAUUUAACAAAUGAAAUUACAAUUAUUCCGAUUAAAAAACAGGUUUGAUUCAUUUAUGAGAUAUUCAUUCACUGAAACUUGUUGUUACAAUGGGGAUAUUAUCUACACAAUUUGUGAAAACGAAAAUAUGAAGAUCUCACAACAAAUUAUGAAGGAAAGCAGGGACAUCAGCUUAGUGAGUGCAUAUUAUUCAUUUCACCAAACUAAUGCAAAAUACAAUAUUCCCUAAUAUUUUAAUCUAUAUAAUUUUGAUUUUUCCCCAGUGUUUUGCUCAUUUAAUUUUACUGUAAUUGUAUUGAUUUCCAGCUGGGUUUUCCCUCUUACCGUGCCUAAUGAAUUGCAGGUUUAUGGGAUUAAGGUUGUUAAUACUUUAUCCAGAGAGAGAAAUUUAAACCUUGUGAAAUCAAAUUUUUCACAAAAUAACUGAGAAUUGUUUUGAAAGAUCAUAAAAAACAUAACUAUUUAAGUCAAUUUGUGCAAUUUAAUAUACAUUAUAUGAAAAAUCAAAAAGAAAGAGUGAAUUAUAUUAUUUUCAGGUGUUCUGGGCCCAUUUCAUAAAGGACUUACAACUGUUGUUACUUUGCUACUAUGGCAACAGGGCUCAGCAGCCAAUCAAAAUUGAGACUUCCAUGGUAGUUGCCAUAAUGGCAAAGUUACAACAGUUGUAACUUUUUAUGAAACAGGCCCCAGAUCCAUGAUCCCUCACCUCCAUCCCUAUCCAAAUUAUAUUUUGUAGUACAUUAAGCCCUCCGAAAAUAAUGUAUAUAUGAUUUUGGUUUAACAAGUUAGGUUUUUUUUUUUAAUCGUGUUCAACUAUAUUGAAAAUUGUGAAUGCCUACCUCAGUCAUGUUCAUCCUUUUUGGGAGAUAUAAUUUUGAAGUUACCCUAUUUUUAAUCGUCAGAAUGUGCCAAAAUAACUCAUUCAGGACAAAGGAACAACACUCAUUAUGUGGUUUGUCCUAAUAACUUUAUGGUGAAGCCUAAAAAUCAUGCAUCAGGGAAAAGAGUAAUAGUGAUAAAAAAUAUGUAUGCAAGCUGGGCUCAUUCUUACUGCCUCACUAUCUUUCUUUCAUUACUGACAUACUUAAAUGAAAAUGAUUACCUUCGGUAAUAAGAUCAUUAAAUUGGCAAUGCAAUAAUAUUGUCAAAAUCAGGGGGAGGGGUGGUCAUGAAACUUGGUAAAAUUCUAACAUAUUAAGACAAUCAUUCUUUCUUCAUUUCUAAUACAUGAAAGAUGUAGCAAUGAAAGAAAAAUAUGAAUGCUGCCAAUUUGAAGAACAAAUGGUAAGGCUCCAAAUGUUGCCCUGUCCUAGAUGAGUUUAAAUGAGAACAGACAGAGAGGAAAAUUUGUAGGUACAAGAUAUGCUCUGGAUCAAUGCAAUGCAAAAUGUUACUGUCUUGAAGGACAUUUCUCACAAUUGGUCAUUAAUGUGAUGUCAUCAAAAUUGGUAUUCUUUCUGUUGAAAUAUCUGAUUUGUACAAGUUUGAUGCCAAGAAAGGCUUAAAUUUGAAUCAAUAUUGAUCUUUUCAAUUACAAGAUGUAGAUUAUUUAAAUUUCAAGUACCAGCUAAGUAGUUUUUUUGUGUGUGAUAUACUGUACAUCAUUUGCCUUUGUUUUAUUUGAAUGGCUACUAUAAAUUGCAUUGUAUUCACUAAAUUAGUAAGUUAUCAUGUGCUAUUUGAUACAUGUAGGGUAUCAUUUUACUCUAGUAUUGCUGGUACAAACAUUUUUAAGGUCAAAAUAUGUUUUGAGAAGAUUGAUAGUACAUGCAAGUAUGUGUAUCGUCCAUGUGUCCAAAGAGAAAUUGCAUACUAUGAUACCUUUAAUAAAAUUAUUAUUAUGUAGGCUAUAUCUCUUGAGCAAAAUACAGCAAAAAUUGCUUAAAUGUGUGAACAGUUGAUGAGUGGUUGUAUGAAAAUAGUUAUAUUUAAGGAUUUUCAAAUGCUAAGAAUGAAAACAUUCUCAAGUAUUUGGUCACCCGAAAUUUUCAAAGAUCAAUAUUCUUAAGAUUCUGAAUGUACACUGUUUUUCCAUGCCGUAUUUUGUGAUUUUGACAGUAUACAGGCACGAAAAAAUGAAUUUUACAUUAAUUCACAGGAAAUAUUUUUUAUACAAAAUAAUUGGCAAAAUUUAUAAUACAUGUAUGCAUGCAUGUAGAUUCAACAUCCCCCAAGGCCAAUAAUCUUGCUUGCUUGCUACAAAAUUGGAAUAAAAAGGCAUCAAAAUACGUAUAGGAAAGCAUAAUUUGGUCAUUGCCCAGAAAAUUGACAUGCGUAAUUGAAGUACUGAUAUGAGGUUAUAAGUAGCAUGCUAGUAUUCAUUCUUUUUGUUUCUAAUAUCAGAAGGCCGGGGCAUGACAGGGAGAGGGGGUCAUCUCUUUGCUUUGAUUGUCUUGUCAUAAGAAAUAUAUUUUUCAUCAAUAUCACAACACAAUUUUGCAUAUUUCAUUAAUCUUGAUUGUUUAUCAAGAUGGUUUGGUGGAUAUUUCUUUCUUGUUCCAGGUGCAAUUAAAUAUUGUUUGUGUAAAACUUGU